AACCACGAUGAAUUUUAACGUCUACGCAUGUCAGAGAGGUUUCCUUCUUCAACUCAACCGAUGAAUAAAUGUUAUCAACAAGCCUUAAUGCACUCUGCGGAGGAAAAGACAAGAAGCAAAAGGAAACACAAACGACCUCGAAUACAAAGAAGUGUGAAUCUGAUGCAAAGACCACACCGGAAUUUCCAACCACGAAAACAGAAGAGAUGCCUUUUAAAUCCAAACAUAACUACAAGAGGCCCAGCUGCUGGAGCUGCGGACUCAGAACUACCAGCUGUCCGAUGAUCUCAGGAAGAACUCUGCAGAGCUGAACGCCGUCCGUCAGAAGAACUCGGCUCUGGAGAGAGAUUUCAUCAAAGCUCAGAAGGCAUUAAAUAAAAGCAAAAAGGCUCAGGAGGUGGAGGCGCUGCUGAGCGAGAAUGAGAUGCUUCAGGGGAAGCUGCACAGUCAGGAGGAGGACUUCCGGCUGCAGAACAGCACGCUGAUGACCGAACUGUCCAAACUGUGCACGCAGAUCGAGCAGCUGGAACAGGAAAACCAGGGCCUGAAGAAGGAAGGGGGAGGAGCUUCAGUGUCCAGCCCUGCAGCAAACUCCGCCUCCAGCCCCGUAGAUAGAGAGCUUCUCCGACUCCAGGCAGAAAACUCCGCCCUGCAGAAGAAAAUGAAAGCUCUCCAGGAGCGCUUCGACAAGGAGCUGCAGAGGCAGGCGGUUGCCCACGGCAACCAAAGCGCUACCACGGAAACCGAUGGGUCAGCUGGUGCCAAUGGAGUCUCUGAUGUGACAGGAGGUAGGGGGGAGGAGCCAGAGGGAACCAAUCAGAGAGAGGAACAGACGCUCCAGCGCUCAGAGAAACAGCUGCACGGCCUGUCAGAGAAGAGCGUAGAGAAGAUUGUAGCUAAGCAGGCAGCGCUAGGCUGGUCGGCUGCUCUCUGUCCAAUAACUCCCUGCUUUGGACCAGAACUGGAGAUGGCACUGAACACGGAGCAGGAGGAGAAGAGGCUGCUGAGGGAGCAGAUCCAGAACCUGGAGGCGUCCAAACAGGCUGAAAUCACCAAACUCCAGGAAGAGAUGACGAAGCUGUCUGACAAGUUAAAGAAGAAGCAGGACAGUUUCCAGCGCCUGCAGACGGAGAAGGAAGCUCUGUACAACGACAGCAGGACAAAGAUUGAUGAGAUCAACCAAAGAAAAGAAGAAGAGCUGAAAACCGUCAACGUUCGCGUCCAGAAGCUCCAGUCAGACCUCGCAGCAGCCAAUCAGACGAUGGCAGAGCUGAGGGAGCAGCUGCAGAGCAAAGACAAGGACCACGAGCUGGCUCUGCACGCCCUGAAGGACCAGGCAGCCAAUCAGAGCGUGCUCAGUCAGGAGCAGGUGGACAACAUCCUGCAGGAGAACGAUGCUCUGAGGACCAACCUAGCCGCUCUAGAACAGAUCCAGACGGUGAAGACGCAGGAGAUGAACCUGCUGAGGGAGCAGCAGGAGGCGCUGACGGCCGAGCUGCAGCAGAGGCGCCUCCAGCACGACAGUCUGUUGGCCCAGAAAGACGACCUCAGCUCCCAGCUGCAGGAGUCCAGCUUCGCCAACAGGAAGCUGCUGGAACAGCUGACAGAAGAAGGACAGGAGAAGGAAAAACUGCUGCGAGAGCUGGACGAGGCCAAGAAGACGGCGGAGAAGAGGAAGGCCAUGCUGGAUGACAUGGCAACGCAGCUGAACCAGGAGAAGUCGGACCACAAGGAGGCGCUGUCGGACCUGAAACUGCAGCACGAGAAGGAGGUUCUUGGGGUCAGAGCUCGUUAUGAGAAGGAGCUCAGAGGACUCCAUGAGGACAAAAAUCGCUCCGAGGAGGAGAUCCGACAGCAGCUUCGAGACGAAAAGGCUCGAACGAAGGAGCUGGAGGGUUUACAGCAGCGUGUGGACGAGCUGCAGGCUCAGGUUCAGUCCAUGGAGGGAACCAAAGGAUGGUUCGAGAGACGACUCAAAGAGGCAGAGGAGAACAUGGAGAAGAAGGUUCUGCAGCAUCAGGAGGAGACGGAGAAGCUGCAGCAGGAACACUCCCUGCAGCUGCAGGAGAAGCAGGAAGAGGUGGAGGGACUGAAGCAGCUGCUGGUGGAGGUGGAGAAACAGAGGGAUGAACAUGGCGACACCAUCGGGAAACUCAAACAGGAGAUCAGAGACACGGUGGACGGUCAGAGGAUCCUGGAGAAGAAGGGAAGCUCAGCGCUGAAGGACUUGAAGCGGCAGCUGCAGCUGGAGAGGAAGCGAGCAGACAAGCUGCAGGAGAGACUCCAGGAGAUCCUGACCAACAGUAAAACCAGGACAGGUUUGGAAGAGCUGGUUUUGUCCGAGAUCAACAGUCCCAGUCGGACUCAGCAGACCGGAGACUCAUCCUCCGUCUCGUCCUUCUCCUACAGGGACAUGAUGAAGGAAACCCAGCCAACCAAUCAGAACAAGUCCGGAGGAGGCAGCCCUCAAUCCCAGCGACCGGCCGAGCUAUCUGAUGACGAGGUCGGGGAGCUCUUCCAGCGGCUCGCCGAGGUCCAGCAGGAGAAGUGGAUGCUGGAGGAGAAGGUGAAACAUCUGGAGGUGAGCUGCUCGUCCAUGGCUGAAGACAUCUGCAGGAAGAGCGCCAUCAUUGAGACGUACGUGAUGGACAGCCGCAGAGACGUGUCGGGUGGUGCAGUCGGAGGUCACGGAGGCUCUCAGGGAGAGAGAGGAGGUCUAGGUUCGGUGCUCAGAGAUCUGGUGAAACCAGGAGACGAGAACCUGAGAGAGAUGAACAAGAAGCUGCAGAACAUGCUGGAGGAGCAGCUGACCAAGAACAUGCACCUACAGAAGGACCUGGAGGUUCUGUCCCAGGAAUUAGUCCGUGUUAGUAAAGAUGGUGGCAGCACUGCAGUUGGGUCUGUAUGAGACUAUCACCAGGAUCAUUUCUACCCAUCUCCUUCUGUUGCAACUCAAGUUCUGCUGCAGGCUCGGACUACGACCCGGAGCCAACACAUUAUCACCACUUCGGGCUGGCCUUCUGGCUAUGGCUAAAUACUGGAUGCUUUUGCAUGAGGAGGGAACGGAAACGGGGACAUUAAAAACUGCUUCAUUCAUUUGUUGCUGUUGAAUGUACUGUAGUUAGACUGCACUGCGUCCUGGCUUUUACCUGGAAAACCUGAAACCAGGACAUAGCCAGGCCCUGUCUGCUGGGUCUGGCUAUGUCCUGGAGUACGGCUGUUCUGGUUUUUUCCUGAAUGUUGGGCCUAUGUCUUUUACCUGGAUUUAGUAACAAAGUGGUUUAUACUGAUCAUGUCAUCACCUGGCCAAAAUAUAAGAUUCUUUGUUCAGAGGUUAGCGAAACAGUCACCAUGACAACCAGGCAGAAACUGUUGAUCAUAUUCUCGACCAAUCAGAGAUUGUCUAUAAAAAAAAAAAAAAGGAAGAAACAAUGACCCGAUCAAUCCCCCUUCAUUAAACUUGUGGUUUGUUGCCAUGGUUACGGUACAAGGCUUCCCUGCAGGAAUCACUGAUGCGGUUUCUCGAACCUUGUUUCCGUGCGAAGACUCACCAUCCAUCGUGUUAGCGCAGGAACUCCAGAACUUCGGUCGGGUCCGUGCAGUUUCUAGUUUCUGCCACCAGGUGUCGCCCGUUGUCCACGCCGGAUCUUUAACUGCGAUGAAGGAAGCUAGAAUUUUGAGUCCCGGCUGAAUUUUAUUUAUCUUUUCACUCGCAUUUCUUCAGGUUUUCACAUAUCACUGAUCAGUUAAGGUAGAAAUUAAUUUCAUGCUUAUGAAGUCGUUAAGCUCCACCCCUCGGUCAAACGAAAAACUUGUUCAUCCUCAGUGGUCGUUUUAAUUUACCAAAAAGUCGUCUCCCAGAAAACUGCUAUAAAACAUUAGAUGCAUAUUUAUCUUUAUAUAAUUAUUCAAAUUAUUUUUAACCUUUAAAUCCAAAUUUUAUUACAUGAUGUUGCUGCUUUUAUGGAAAAAAAGUUAUUUUCUAUAAAAAUCCAUUUUACAACUUGAAUUAUAUGGAAAAUAACUUGAAACACAUUUGAUGCGUUUAGUUUUUUUUUAUAAAACCAGGGACACCCUGGAAACCCUGAAGGGGUUAAAAUAAUUUGAGUAUUUGGUAGUUUUGAUGAAUUGAGUAAAAAAAAUCGUGGAAAAAAUAUUAAUCUGGAAUGUUUUAUAGCAGGUUCUAGAAGAGGAGAGUUAGCUGUAGCUAACGGCUAAUCGAUGAAUGAAUUGAUUACCAAUCGGCUCCUUCAGGUUCGUUUCACUUCCUCUGAAUUUUCUUUCAUUUUUGGGAAAACUGGAUGAUAAAUGAUGAAAGAUGCGUUGAUUUCCGUCCGAGUUAACGAGUCUCCGCAACGAGGAGGCCGAUUGACAUCUGGCUCUAAACAGGAAGAAACCAGUUAUUUGGAGGUAAAUUAGCUUCAGAUUUCAGGACCACCUCAUCUGGAACGUAGAACCGGAUCAUGUCAGGAUCUGGAUCUUUGGGAUCCGGAUCUUCGGGAAGGUUUCAUCAUAACAGCCUUUCCAGGGCUAGGACUAAGUUCUGGAUUUUUUGGGGAAUUCCGCCGUUAUCACAGGACACCGAACGUUGUGGAAAAGGUUCCAGCUGCUUUGAUGCUGACUGGAUCUGGACUUGGAACUUCCUCUCGGCUUUGCCUUCACAGACUCUGGGUCUUUUAUCUGCUGCAUGGCCUCGCCUACGUCCUGGAUGAAGUUCAUGGUGAGCGCCUGCAGACGCAGCUACAUCCUGGACUCUUUACGUUGUAACUGGCUGUUUUUAUUGUUGUGUGUUGGGCUCAGAUUUUAGAUCUUCACAAGAAAACUGGUCUGCUUUUCGCUGCGAGGACUCGGAGGAGAAACUGAGACAGGAAGUGGUCUGGUGGCUCCGGGACCAGACGGUGUUUCUGGUUGUAAUGUUUAAAUCUGUGUACAUAUCAUGUGACUUCUAACUGUACGAAGAAUCAGCUGAUCUAUUUAUGUCCGAUGAUCAUGACACUAAUUAUUGUAACUAUGAAGAAACAUGAGAUGAAAA